GCCAGGCGGAGCGGAGGAGCAACAAGAUGGCGACGGAGACGGUGGAGCUCCAUAAGCUGAAGCUUGCUGAACUGAAGCAGGAGUGUCUUGCUCGUGGUUUGGAGACCAAGGGAAUAAAACAGGAUCUCAUCAACAGGCUCCAGGCAUAUCUUGAAGAGCAUGCUGAAGAGGAGGCAAAUGAAGAAGAUGUACUGGGAGAUGAAACAGAGGAAGAAGAACCGAAGCCCACAGAACUGCCUGUCAAAGAGGAAGAACCUCCUGAAAAAACUGUUGAUGUGGCAGCAGAGAAAAAAGUAGUAAAAAUUAUAUCUGAAAUACCACAGACUUAGAGGACGCAGAAGAGAGCUGAACGAUUCAAUGUACCUGUGAGCUUGGAGAGUAAGAAAGCUGCCCGGGCAGCUAGAUUUGGGAUUUCCUCAGUUCCAUCAAAAGGCCUGUCAUCUGACACCAAGCCUAUGGUUAAUCUGGAUAAGCUAAAGGAAAGAGCUCAAAGAUUUGGUUUGAAUGUUUCUUCAAUCUCCAGAAAGUCUGAGGAUGAUGAGAAGCUGAAAAAGAGGAAGGAGCGAUUUGGGAUUGUCACAAGUUCAGCUGGAACAGGAACCACAGAAGAUACAGAGGCAAAGAAGAGGAAAAGAGCAGAGCGGUUUGGGAUUGCCUGAUGAAAAGCUUUUGAUGUUUUCUGUUCUCCAGUGGUUUCCAUCUUUUUGACUCUUCCUGGUCACAUAUAUACCUGAAUGCACAGUCAUGUGCCUAGGUCCUGCCUUGCAGUGAGGGAGCAUGUACCCCAGGUACAUCCGUGAACUCCAGCAGCAGUUUGACUUAUUGCAGUUCCAACUUAAAGGUUUUUGUUGUUGUGUUGUUUUUUAAUUAUUAUUUUGCUUGUUAAUAAAAAAAUAGAAAA